AUGGCAGCCACCACGGACUCGGGAGUAAAAGUCCCUCGCAAUUUUCGACUGUUGGAAGAACUGGAAGAAGGCCAGAAAGGAGUGGAAGAUGGCACAGUUAGCUGGGGUCUAGAAGAUGACGAAGACAUGACACUUACAAGAUGGACAGGGAUGAUAACUGGGCCUCCAAGAACAAUUUAUGAAAACCGAAUAUACAGCCUUAAAAUAGAAUGUGGACCUAAAUACCCAGAAGCACCCCCCCCUUUAUUUUAUAUGUUAACAAAAAUUAAUAUGAAUGGAGUUAAUAGUUCUAAUGGAGUGGUGGACCCAAGAGCCAUAUCAGUGCUAGCAAAAUGGCAGAAUUCAUGUAGCAUCAAAGUUGUCCUGCGAGAGCUCUGGCGCCUAAUGAUGUCUAAAGAAAACAUGAAACUCCCUCAGCCACCUGAAGGACAGUGUUACAGCAAUUAA